UGGCCCAGGUCCCCCGACUCUCGGCCCUGUGGGCAGCUGGCGCGCGCGUGUCUCCGCGUGUCUGCGCGUGUGUGUCCAUGCGUGUGAGUGAAAUGAGGUGGAGUCCUACGCCUGGGUGUUUCCUUCCAAGAGAUUUUGACCAGCAAUCAUGGAAAAAAAAAAAUUCUGGCUAAAAGGAUGAAAACUGAGUAAGUACACAGAACUUUGAACUUGAAACAGAAUGCGACCAAACGCAAGCAAAACCCUGACAGUAACCCCACACAUUCAAACUGCUAUUCCCUUCUUGUGUUAAAGGCCGCGGAUGCUGACAGCAAAGUGGCAAUUGAAAACUGAACGAAGGGAAGCAGUUCAGAAACCGCUGAGAGCAGGGCGGCUUUCAAACCGGAGGGAAAAUGAGAAACUGCUAGGGCAACCUGGCCUGCGCCCAGCUGUGCAACAGGCACUUCGCGUUCCCUCUGCUGCGUCUUUGGGGCUCUUUUCAGACUCAGGUCCGCUUUACUGUGCUUUCUCUUUGCCCCAAAGCCAAGACAAGCUGAACUCCUAAGUUUAUGACUGUUGUGGAAAUAAGAUAUUACCGGAAGAAACUCUUGCCAGCCCGGGAUGCAUUCGAAUGAUUUCUUACGACUCUCAUUAUUUUGACAUCUUUAAAGAAAGAAUAAGCAAGUCAGUCACUUUUUACUGUCCUUCACGAAAGGGCUCUAAACACCUCGGACCGCUGGGACCUGUGUGAGUCUUUGGCAUGAACCUUCGGAAUGUUCUCAAGGGAAGUUGGGGCGAACUUGAUUGGAGCUGUGCAAAAAGAAGACAGAUGUGUACUUUUUUCAUGCUGACAGCGUGGCCAGGGGCCAAGUGAAGGUGGACUGGUCAUGGUCUGUCGACCGGGGUUCCUUUGUCGCCGGCGAUUUUGCCCCCGACCUUUCCUGGUGGGUUUGGUGGUGGCAAUCUGUCUCUUUUACCAGACCCUGACACUCCGAGGGGCUAAGAAGCUUGCAGCCGAGGUUCCUGGGUCUGGUCCCCAAAAACCCUCACAAACCCAGGCUAGCAGAUGCGAGCUAGGCUAUCCACGGAACAAACGGUGCUUCCAUCUCUCGGAGAAUGCCCAGGAAAUCAGGAAGAUUGAAGAAUCGAUCGAGACAUACUUUGGCCAUCGCGGCAGAAGGGCCGUCCUCUUCAGGCCUCCUUUGUACAGUGGAGCCGAGGUUCAGACCCUCCAGUACCUCCUCCAUCAGCAUGGCUACAGUGUUGUCAUUGUUGAAGAAAGACUUGGUGCUGGCCUAGGUCUGGAGCUGCUGGACCAAGGUGAUCUGAACUCCUGGGAUGUGUUCAUUUGCCUGCCUUCCAGAGAAGCCAGUGGGAAACCCUGCAUACCCAGGGAGCACAUGUGUCGACUAAGUCUACAUCAAAAGAUAAAUGUAUUACCAGAAAUACAGCCUCAGCUCUGCAGAAAAGAAGGCCUGUGCCAAAUCAUCAGAAGAUUUCCAGAACUGCGGCUUCCAGUGAGUCCCUCUGUGUGCCUGGAUCAGGGGACACAGUCACAGCUGAGUGCCUCCAGCCACCUCUCAAAUGGAGCCAAGCCACAUAUAUGGAAACCAUGGGACUGGCAACGCGAACAGCUGAAUCACACUACAGUCCUUGCUCCACGUGAAGCAAUCUUCAGAGCAGAAGAGCUAUCUGUGAUUCUUAAAGCCUAUGUGUUGGUGACCUCCUUAAGGCCGUUGCGUGCGUUCAUUCAUUCAACCGGCACGGUGUGGAGCCCACCAAAGAAGAAACGCUUCACUGUCAAGGCAUUGGAUAGCAUGAAAGAAGCAAUUAGCAAGCUCUUAUUGGUGGCCGAGGUGUUCAGUGAAGCAUCUACUCUGGGACCAAAGACCUUCCAUAGGUGUAGACAGUGUUUUCAGCUUUUGACUUUUGAUAUUGGUUAUGGAGAUGUUGGAUAUCCUGUAGUGCUCCAGGUACAUGAGCAUUUAAAUUUUCAAGAUGACGAGAAUUUCAAUUUGAAGGACCAAAAUACAGAAAAAGUCCUUUUGAAGGAUACUUUCAAUUUCCUCUUCUCCAAUACAUCCUCACUUCCCUUAUUUUCUGAGCUAUUGCAGAGGUUUCAUAGAGCUGCUGCGUUUGAGGAUGGAAACUAUCAAAAGGAGCUCAAUCAGUGCCUGUCCUUAGAGGAAAUUCACUCAAUUAGGACUUUUGUAAAGGAACUUGGUAGUCUGGGAGAAUUCCAACUGCUCUUCCCAUCCACCGCUCCUGGGAUUCAGUCUGUGGUGCGUGAAUUUUAUGAUAUGGCAACUCCUGGCUCAGUCCUGCCCCAAUACUGGUCUCUUCUAAAUGUAUUUGAACAAUUUUGGCCCACGAAUAAAAAGGAACAGCUACAUCCACUGGAAUGGAAUUCUUCAACAAGAAACGAGGCCAUUGAGAAACCACAAAAGUCAUUGGAAGCAAUCAACAGUAAAAAAGACACAGUUCCACGAGUUUCGUAUGAAAAUGAAGAUACACAUUGCAGUAAUGAGGAAGACACACUUUGCCAUAUCAAGAAGAUCUUCACCCAUCCCCGUUUGGAACUGAGUCCCGAGUUUAAUCCGAAGAUCAGAGAUUAUUACUGUGAAGUGCCAUUUGAUGUGCUAACAGUGAGGAUCGGAGCAGAGCCUUCUAAGUGUCAGUGCAAGGUGCACCUGCAAGAGCGGGCAGGCCCGAGCUUUGCCAAUUAUCCUCUGGGAUUAGGAAUGAACAGAAUCUCCAUGCUCGUGGUGGAUGAAUCUCCAGCAGAUGGUGACAUGGUAACCGCGUAUAAACUCACCAUUUAUAGAGAAGAUCGUCCAAGUCUGCCCUUCUUUGAGGACUUCACAGCGUGCGGUUUUGUACAAGAUUGUGGCUUAUUGAUUAACCCAGAAGAAGCCUGUGGGUUGCAGCCUAUUUCUUCAGACUACAUUGAAGCCAUUUCGCAGCCUAAAAUAGAGAGUUGCCUAUCUGGGGACACGAAAGGCCAGUGGAUUGUGCCUUGCCUCAGUUGUGCAGACAACAGGACCUGUGACUGGAGAGAAAUAACCUGGCAGCCGCACAACUGCCAACAUGACAUCCUCACCAGGCCAGAGCUUCAGCAGUGCCUGCGAGGGAGGAAGAUUCUUUUCAUUGGCGAUUCCACCAACAGAGGAAUGAUGUAUUAUCUUAUUGAGAGACUGAACGAAACCCUGCAGGAGUGGCAGAAGGUGCACGGCACUAAACUGUAUCCCAGUGUCAACGGGGGGAAGACUUUGAUCAGCUACUCCUACUACCCCCAGUUCUGGAUAAACCCUUCACUGAGACCAACAUUUGAGAAAGCGCUUGAGCAUCUCUUGCAAAGAUCGCAUCCCCUAGAGAAUACUGACCGGACAGUAUUGGUUGUUGGUGGUGUUCAGUGGCUCAAUUCCAAUCACCUGCAAAUUAUUCACGAGGUUUUAAAGAGAAAAAACUUGCUCAACAUCCUAGUGAUCAUCAAAACUUUGGGGAUUGGAUUUCAUCUGCCAGUGGAUGGAGUGCAUUUCCUAACCCAGAGUGAAGUACGAAACUUAUAUAAAGAAAAUCAGAACAUUCUGGAAGCUGCCAAGAACUACGGCUAUGAAGUAGUAGACACAUUCACUAUCACGAUGGGACGACACAAGGAAUUCCUGCAGGGCAAUUGUGGAUGCCAUUUCCAUGAGGUAGUUAAAUCGAAGUUAUCCAGAGAGCACCACGUUCUCAAGAUGAAAAGAUCCAAGAACCAUACUGUGGAAAAAUACUUCAGCAGUCAAAACAAAUGGCACCAACAAAAUUCUGUCCCAAAUGUUCAUUCGCCAUAUCAUGUCAGAGGGCCAAUAAAUCAGGUUUGUUCUGAGAUCCUGUUCAGCAGGAUGUGUGUGAGUCGGCGGUCUGUGCAGGCUCUCUGAAGAAGAGGUGAAUUCAGAAUGAGAGAUAAGCCAUUCACCAGGACAAUGGUCUGAGAACCAAAUGUGCCUCACUCAUGCUUUGCAAUGAUUGCACACUCACCAGUGCAAGCAUGAACACCAAAACACGUGGCUUACAAAAGAGUAAUGACACCUUUUUCUUAGAACAGAACACACUCAAAAGUGACCUUGACCAUCCAUCCUUGGUUUCAGACCCAAGGACAGAACUAUAAGGAGAUCACUUGAAAGGUGAUCACAAACUAGGACCACAUGGACCAGGUAUUGUAGUGCUAUGAUAAUCAAAACCAUGGAAAUGUAACGAUAUGGGCAUAGGGUAAUGCCGUUCCUGCGCUAUCCUCUCCAUAGGCAUGCUAACGUGGGAAGAAGCAAUUACAUUCCGCAUGGAGGGAGAUAACACUUCAGUUCUUUACCAGGAGAAAGAGGGCUAUUUGUGGAGGUUUGGGCUUUGAGGCUCUAAUGCUUAUGAGAAACAUUUCUUGUUAUACCUUUAAGUUUGUAAUGGAAGGGCAAGAACAGGAGAGAUGCUCUGCAGGGGGAUUCAAAGGGAUUCUCUGCGUGUGAUAAAAGCGAUAUUGUAUUGAACUCUGUGCUCUUGUGAGUUCCACAAACAUCCCCCUACGCCAGACUGUGAGUCCUGAUGGGGAGCACAGUCUAAGUUGCUGAUAGACGUAAUUUUGAAGUGUGGGACAAAAUAAAGUCCCCAUUGGUUACUUUGUUAUGUUUGUGGAUGCUCUCUCUGAAGCUUGUCCCUUUAGAUGUAGCUCUUCUAAGACGACUGUUACAUUUUAGAUAUUUUUGCAAAGGACUGCAGAUUCUCAAAUGUAUAAGAAUUUUCUGUGUACCCACAAAUAGUACUAUGUGUUUAAUUUAAAUUAAAGUAACCUUACAAGAAUUUUUAUGAAAAUUAUGGCAUAAGUAGGGAACACACCUAUUUCUAGCCUUGAAAACUUUCAUUUCUGUCUUUUUAGGUACAAAAAGGAAAAUUGCCUUAUUAUACAAUUGUUUUAUGAGAUAACAUCUUACUGCUAUCUAUGGUGGGUUUUAAAGAAUGAGUUGAGCCUGAAAAGAAGAAGCUGAGAGGCCUAACUCAGUAUGUAGCUAAGAUUACUAAAUGUACAAAUACCUCAAAUUCAUUGCCAUAAAAAAAUGAAACUGUUUUGUUCUAUUGACCCGAGUUAUAUAGAAUGCAUAUCCACCUCCUUCAAAUACUCUAUUUUUAUAUCUAUUUUUAUAAGAACAUAAAUAUGAAUUUAUAUUUAGCUGUAUUAAAUUAUAUUUAAAUAUGCAUAUCACUUUGAUAAAAAAAACAACAUAUGAAUUUAGAAAUAGAUUUUUUGAACAGCGGUACCAAAUUAACUUAAAAAUUACAUAUUUUCCAUACAUACAUCAUAUACAAACACAGUUUUUAGAUUUUCAGUUAUUUUUUGAUGUUAUUGAAAUGCAUCAAAUUUUAAUGCAUUGCAUAUUCCACAACAGUAUUACAGUUAAUGCUAGCUUUUUGUAACUCACAAGCAAUGUCACUGUAAAAACUCUCUGACUUGAGUUAGCCUGGUAUUUUCUUCUUCACCACUGAAAUAAUACUAGACCUUAGAAAUAAUUGUAAUGUAUUUUCAAUAAAUGUCAAA